GCAGUUUCCUCAGGUGUCCGCGGCGGGAGGACGGAGGAGUGAGACGGGAGGGACGUGCGCUGCUCCGGGCCACAGCUCUGCCGAACACACCGGAGACUUCACCCGGAGCGGAGGAAAAGUCGGAUUCGAGCCUUCGGCGAUGAGGACGCGCGCGGACCGGACUCGGGACAGGAUCUGCGGGUUACUCUGAGCCAGUCCAGGUGUGGCUGCGGUCGGACUCUGUGACCGAGGAGUUGGGAGCUUUUUCCGCUUUAGGACCGUGUGUGAGGUUUGGAGCUCGCGAUGCCGGAACUGAUCAGCGUGACGGACUUUGUCUCAGAGACCAAUGAGGACUACAAAGCCCCGACCACCUCCAGCUUCACCACCCGGAUGUCCCACUGCAGGAACACGGUGGCUGCUCUGGAGGAGGCUCUGGACGUGGACCGAUCAGUUCUCUACAAGAUCAAGAAGUCGGUGAAGGCCAUCAACACGUCUGGUCAGGCCCACGUGGACAAUGAGGAGCAGUACAUCCAGUCGUUGGAGAAGUUCGGGGAAAACUGUGCUAGCAGGGAGGACGCGGAGGUCGGCUCCGCCUUCCUCAAGUUCACGGGUUUCGCCAAAGAGCUGACGGCGCUCUUCAAAAACCUGCUGCAGAACAUGAACAACAUCAUCACCUUCCCCCUGGACAGCCUGCUGAAGGGAGACCUGAAAGGAGUCAAAGGGGAUCUGAAGAAGCCGUUUGACAAAGCCUGGAAGGACUACGAGACCAAACUAGCAAAGAUUGAGAAGGAGAAGCGGGAACACGCCAAGCAGCACGGGAUGAUUCGCACCGAGUUCAGCGGAGGAGAGAUCGCAGAGGAGAUGGAGAAGGAGAGGCGACUCUUCCAGCUGCAGAUGUGUGAGUAUCUCCUCAAAGUCAAUGAGAUCAAAGUGAAGAAAGGCACCGACUUCCUCCAGAACCUCAUCAAGUAUUUCCACGCUCAGUGCAACUUCUUCCAGGACGGACUCAAAGUGGUGGAGAGUCUGAAACCCUCCGUGGAGAGACUGGCCACAGACCUGUCCACGAUUAAACAGACUCAGGACGCAGAGAGGAAGCAGCUGGCUCAGCUCCGGGACGUCCUGAAGGCGUCUCUGCAGUCGGAGCAGAAAGAGGACUCUCAGGCGAAGCAGAACGCAGGUUACAGCCUCCACCAGCUGCAGGGAAACAAGGCCCACGGCACCGAGCGCUCCGGAGUCCUCUACAAGAAAAGUGAGGGGCUGAGGAAGGUGUGGCAGAAGAGGAAGUGCUCGGUGAAGAACGGUUUCCUGACCAUCAACCACGGCACGGCUAACAGACCUCCAGCCAAACUCAACCUGCUCACCUGCCAGGUGAAGAGGAAUCCAGAUGAGAAGAAGAGCUUCGAUCUGUUCUCACACGACAGAACCUAUCACUUCCAAGCUGAGGACGAAGCGGAGUGUCAGGUCUGGGUGUCGGUGCUGCAGAACAGCAAGGAGGAGGCGCUGAACAAGGCCUUCAAAGGAGACCAGGACGAAGGAGAGAACAACAUCGUCCAGGAGCUCACCAAGGCCAUCGUGGGGGAGGUGAAGAGGAUGAGCGGCAACGACGGCUGCUGCGACUGUGGAGCGGCCGGUCCCACCUGGCUGUCCACCAACCUCGGGGUGCUGAUCUGCAUCGAGUGUUCGGGGAUCCACAGGGAGAUGGGGGUCCACUACUCCAGGAUCCAGAGUCUGGACCUGGAUGUUCUGGGAACCUCUGAGCUGCUGUUGGCGAAAAACGUGGGAAACGCCAGCUUCAAUGAGAUCAUGGAGGCAGAUCUGUCAGCACAGGACGUCACCAAACCCGGUCCGAGCAGCGACAUGCAGUCGAGGAAGGACUACAUCACAGCCAAGUACACGGAGAAGCGCUUCGCUCGGCGGCUUUGUGCCGACGCUGCGUCCAGACUGCGGGUUUUAUACGAGGCCGUCAGGAACAGAGACAUCCUGUCUCUGAUCCAGGUCUACUCUGAGGGGGUGGACCUGAUGGAGGUCAUCCCACAGCCCAGCGAACACGAACCGGGAGAGACUGUGCUCCACCUGGCGGUGCGGAUGGUCGACAGAAACUCCCUCCACAUCGUCGACUUCCUCGCUCAAAACAGUGCAAACCUGGACAAGCAGACGGCCAAAGGAAGCACAGCGCUGCAUUACUGCUGCCUGACCGACAACAGCGAGUGUCUCAAACUGCUGCUGAGAGGGAAAGCUUCCGUCUCCAUCACAAACGAAGCAGGAGAGACGCCGCUGGACAUCGCCAAGCGUCUCCGACACACUCAGUGUGAAGAGCUGCUGACUCAGGCUCAGACCGGAAAGUUUAACGUCCACGUUCACGUAGAGUACGAGUGGCGUCUCCAGAACGAGGACCUGGAUGAGAGCGAGGACGAGAUGGAGGACAAGCCAAUCCCGAACCGUCGUGAGGAGCGUCCGGUCAGCUGCUUUGUGCCGGGCAGCGGUCCCAUGCAGCCCAACCUGGCAGCGUUGGCCCGGGACGCCGCCUGCCUGAUACGGGACAAACAGAGGUCUCAGGUCCCCAGCACCAUAAUCAGCAACGAGACCUACGGCACCAUGCUGGACCUCAACCUGCCCCCACCGGGGCCGACACCCCCGCUGCCACCCAGAGCACCCCACAGAGGUCACAGUAAACCUGCUGCCAUAGAAAGUGUAGGAAGACAGCGGUCGUCCUCCGACCCCCCCAACUCUCAAACCCCUGAGAGGGACACGUCCCUGUACGUGCUCCCAGCACCUCCUCCUCCAGUAAACAGGAAAUCCACUAUGUUCGAGACCAAGAACGUGUCAGCCAAGAACACCCCCCUCCCUCCUUUGCCUCCCCCACCAGCAUCAGGACCCUCCCUCCCCCCAGUCCCACCAGUCCCACCAGUCCCACCACCGCCCUCCAUCCCACCACCGCCCCACUUCAAAGCUCCACCUCUCCCCCCACCAGUCCCCAGCCACCAGACCAGCAGACCACCAGGACCACAGGGACCCAAGUCUCCCAAGUCUCCUAAAUCACCCACUGGGUCAGUGAAGCAUCCUCCACAGAGACCUCCUGUCAGGUCUGGAUCUGUGAACAAAAGAGGUUCUCAGUCCAGAUCCCCCCACAGUCCGGCUCCUCCAACACCCAAACCCAGAACCACCUACUCUAAGCAGAAGCCUCAGAGGGUGAAGGCCAUCUACAACUGUUCAGCCGAUAAUCCAGAUGAGCUGACGUUCACCGAGGGGGAGGUGAUCGUGGUGGACGGGGAGGAGGACAGCGAGUGGUGGGUCGGGCACAUCGAAGGAGAGCCGACCAGACGAGGAGUGUUCCCUCUCACCUUCGUUCACUUCAUCACAGAGUGACGUCGUGUGUGAACGGAGACCAUUCGCUCCUCCUGAACAGUGCGUCUCAGUCUGAGCGGAAACAGACAGGUCAAAGACUCAGAGUCGUCCUCACCUGGAUGGACGAGGAAGCUCGAGCCCGACCUGAAACCCUGAGACUGAAGCCACAGGCUGAAGCUCCUUUUUCUUCCCUCCGACACCUUCACUCAGGCUUUUCCUCUCAGGUGCUGGACCCACUCCGUCUUUACAAAGUCAUGUUGUUUUCAAACUCACAGAACUUUAUUUUUAAUGUUAGUGCAGAUCUCAAACUUUCAGAGAUCCCAGAUCUGUGGAAAUGUGUUUGAAAUAUGUUUAAAAUGAUGCAGUGCAGAUAAAAAACACAGAGUCUUUCAUGGAUUUGAAUAUUUGUCUCAGUAGAAACGUCACAGAGCUUCAGUGAAGAGCUGCAAUAACAUGAUUUAAAAAUAUACUCUGUAUGUCCAAAAGUAUGUGGACAGUGGAGGCUUUUAUGGCAUCACAAUCAUAUGAUUCUCUUUCUCACAUGGGGCCGUCUUCAUACUUUUGGCCACGCAGAGUAUACCAGACCCAGCCAGAGGAAAAAAUGUCUGACCUCAGAUCUGUGAUCUCUGCUGGUGUGGAGCCUGUGAGCCGUGUUUCCUGUUCCUGGAUGUUCUGAUGAGAAAUGAUUUUCCUAUAGCGUCAUUAAAAACGUGUCACGUUACUCCUUUAAACUCUGCUCGUGUUUUUCUGUCACGUUUCUUUUUGUUGUUGUUGUUGUGUGAA